UCGAAAUUUUUGAAAAAAGUAGGGUGACCGCAUCAGCUUCUUCCAUCCCCUCACUGCCUCACGCAACCGCCGCUCCAUCUUCCACUCUUGUCCAGCCUUGUCCGGCGAGCCUCCAGCGGCAGCGACCUGCAGACAGCGGCGUGGGUGUACUCGACCUCAGACCACGAGCGACUAGCCUCACCGGCGACAACCCACUCAGAUAGACGCCUAGCGUUCUUCUCCAGCGACCCAUUUACUUGCCACCGAGUUUUAACCCACGAAUCUCACUCGCAUUGUGGGCACGACUUUAAACGGCUUCGAGAGGCCUUGGCAACAUUGUUCUCGUUUCGGCAUUGAACUACUCUCGAUUGGCCUCAAGUCAGUUUAACCAGUUCGGUCGUUUCCGGAUAGCGACCAGUAAGGUCCGGAGUCUUCAGUAAGAUUAGUCUUCUUGAAAGCAGAAACGCAAGGAGGAUGAUGGAGAUGGAGCGUCUUUGGGUUUAAAGGAAGUGAAAUCCACAUAUAAAGAUGUUGACGAUUAUACCUCUACUUUUGAGCCGCUUUUGUUGGAAGAAAUCAAGGCCCAGAUUAUACAGAGGAAUGAGGAUGAAGAAGCGCUUGGGAUUUGCAGCAUCGGAUUGGAAGUUCAGGGCAAUCAUGGAGUGCAAUGAAGUUAAUGGAUUUCACUUCCCAGAGAUGGUGUAUCUUAGAGACGAGGACUUAAAGGAUGAAGACAGUGAAAAGGGUGACUUCCUAUCACCAAACGAUCUUUUGCUUCUCUCCAAGGAGAAGUUUCAGGAAAAUACAAAACUACCCACCACAUAUGCCUUUGCAUUAGUGGAAAGUCGCCAACAAAGUAAACUAAGGCUUCGAAUGUAUUUGGCGGGAGAAGUCACACAUAAAGACGUUGAGGCAAUCAUAUCUUCUCCAAGACUUCUGAAAGUGCAGUCCCAUAUUACUUCUUCUAGUAAAGAUGGAAUAUAUAUUUAUAGUUUAAAGAUUUGCAGUUUAUCAACUAUCAUUCGUGAAUAUAUAGCAUUGUGGUCUAUUAGUUCUCUACCUUUUAAGGAAAUGAUAUUAGCAGCUGCUGAUAAGAAUACUGGUAAAGAUCAAGCCUGGAAAAUUUCCAAACCUUUGCAGGAUUAUAUGCAAGAAAAUCUUAAUGAAUCCCAACAGGCAGCUGUACAGGCUGGUCUGUCGCGUAAACCGUUUGUUCUCAUACAGGGUCCUCCAGGAACUGGGAAGACACAAACCAUCCUUGGGCUUCUUAGCGCCAUUCUGCAUGCCACACCAGCGAGGAUGCACUCCACGAUUGGUUUGAUUGAAACAAGACAUGGAUCAGAGUUACCUGUGAGGGAGAAAUACGAUCACUGGAAUCAAGCAUCACCAUGGUUAAAUGGUAUAAAUCCUAGAGAUAAUCUAAUGCCAGUAAAUGGCGAUGAUGGUUUUUUUCCUACCUCAGGAAAUGAACUGAAACCAGAAGUAGUAAAGUCAAAUCGUAAGUAUCGUGUACGAGUGCUUGUAUGUGCCCCAUCUAACUCUGCUCUUGAUGAGAUUGUUCUUCGCGUUCAGAACACUGGUGUACGUGAUGAAAAUGAUCAUCCAUAUACUCCUAAAAUUGUGCGCAUUGGACUGAAACCCCAUCCUUCCAUAAAGGCGGUCUCCAUGAAAGAACUUGUGGAACAAAAGAAAAACAAUAUGAAUACGGGUAAAGAGAAGAGUGGGGCUUCAGGGACAGACUUGGACAGUAUUCGUUCUGCAAUUCUGGAUGAGAGUGUUAUUGUUUUCUCCACACUCAGUUUCAGCGGUUCUUCUCUGUUUAGCAAAUGGAAUCGGGGUUUUGAUGUUGUUAUAAUAGAUGAGGCUGCGCAGGCUGUGGAAUUGGCAACGCUUGUUCCUCUGGCUAAUGGAUGCAAACAAGUAUUCCUGGUUGGUGAUCCGGAGCAACUUCCAGCCACUGUAAUUUCUACAACAGCGAAGAAGUUUGGAUAUGACAAGAGUUUGUUCAAGAGAUUUCAGACAGCUGGGUAUCCAGUUACAAUGUUGAAGAUCCAGUAUAGAAUGCAUCCCGAAAUCAGAAGCUUUCCAUCCCGGGAAUUCUAUGCAGAGUCACUGGAGGAUGCACCAGAUGUCAAACUACGGACAACACGUGCGUGGCAUGCAUAUCGCUGUUAUGGUCCUUUCUGUUUCUUUGAUUUACAUGAAGGGAAAGAAUCUCAGCCCCCAGGAAGUGGAUCUUGGGUGAACGUUGAUGAGGCUGAUUUUGUCCUCCACUUGUAUCAUAAAUUGGUUAUUUCAUAUCCAGAGUUGAAGUCAAAUUCUCAGGUUGCAAUCAUAUCACCCUAUAGCCAGCAAGUAAAACUUCUCCAAGAAAAGUUUGUGGAUCUGUUUGGAAUGGAUCCUAGUGGUAUAGUAGAUAUUACAAGUGUUGACGGGUGUCAGGGACGUGAGAAGGACAUCGCCAUAUUUUCUUGUGUCAGGGCAAGCGAGAAUAGGUCAAUAGGGUUUUUAUCUGAUUGUCGUCGGAUGAAUGUUGGUAUCACUAGAGCAAGAGCUUCUAUCCUGGUGGUAGGCUCUGCUUCAACAUUAAAGAGGGAUGAACACUGGAAUAACUUGGUGGAGAGUGCCCAGAAGAGGGAUUGCUUAUUUAAGGCAAGGCUUCCGUUGACCAUUCGUAGAGCAAUUGUCAUUAUUGGUUAAGCUUUUGGCUAAGACUACAUUUUAUUUUGGUCGGUACAUAAUAAACAACUUCCGUUCCAUGACGAUAAGCUACACUUUGCAGGUUCCAAAGCCAUAUACCACAUUUCUCAGUGACGUAAGUGUUGAAUCAAUGCGAGUCAAGAAUGAACCUCCAGUUGGGCCAGUGGGCGAGAAAGAUGAAACUGAGGCAAAUGCUCUUCAGGAACCCAAUGCUGGAGAUGCCGAUCAAGCGCAAGCAGAUGACAAUGACUUUGGAGAUGGGGACGAAGAAAUGUAUGAAGGGGGAUUUGAAGAAGAUUAAGGCCUGCAAUUCAAUUGUCUUUCUGUAGGGAUAACUGAUCUGCAGGCAGGUACAUAUAGAUAUGAAGUUAUUUGCUUCCUGCAAUUGCGAAAAAAGCCACAUUAUUUAAUAUUCACUUUGAUUUGUAAAUCAAUUUAAGGAAAAAGAGGGGGAAACCAAUGGAAGGGUUUCACGUGAUGUGAUACAUUGGGAGUAAUAAAAUGCCGUUUUGUUUGGUGUAGGAGCUUGAUCUCCAUGCGUCGUUUCUUUUCAUUUCUACAUUUUUUCCCCACAGUUCAAUACGUCAGAAUAGGAGUCGGCCAUUGAUCUAUGAAGUAGUAGUUUGUGCCCCGUUUACUAAGCUAUGUUCUGAUUAAUACAUGUAUAGUUGAUAUGUUACGAGGAUAAAAGAAUGACAGCGAUUAUUUAUUUAUCUGACUUGAAAAGCUA